UGUCAAAAAUCUAGCUGUGUAGUCAGGCAGCAGUCAAAAGAGGCACGGAACAUUUUCUAGAGUCGUGAACUCCUUUGUGUUUCACGCAAAAUCCUCAACGAUUGGAAUCGAAUUAGAGAAACUACUAGUUUUCGUGUUCUGGUUAAAGUGAUUUCCAGCAAAAAUGAUAAAACUGUUUUCGUUAAAGCAGCAGAAAAAGGACGGCGAUACAAAUUCUAAAUCAGGUCCACAGAAAAAGGCCUCUGCAGCCCAGCUCAGAAUACAGAGAGACAUAAAUGAAUUAAAUUUACCAAAAACAUGUACGACUGAUUUUCCCGAUCCAGAUGAUUUACUCAAUUUCAAAUUGAUCAUUUGUCCCGACGAGGGAUUCUACAAAGGUGGCAGAUUCGUAUUUAAUUUCCGCGUAGGUCCAAACUACCCGCAUGAACCACCAAAAGUCAAAUGCGAAACUCAAGUAUAUCACCCCAACAUUGAUCUCGAAGGCAACGUGUGUCUUAACAUCUUACGAGAAGAUUGGAAACCAGUUUUGACAAUAAAUUCAAUUGUGUAUGGAUUGCAAUAUCUGUUUCUGGAACCCAACCCUGAAGAUCCACUCAACAAAGAAGCAGCAGAUGUCUUACAGUCAAAUCGACGAUUAUUUGAACACAAUGUGGCUAAAGCGAUGCGUGGCAAUUAUAUUGGCUCGACAUUUUUUGAACGUUGCCUCAAGUGAUAUAUAAAAUCAAAAUUAACUCUUAGGUAUUGCGUCUACCUUAUCAUUUUGACGUUGGGUGGGCGUAUCUACAUUAAUUUAAUAUAUAACUGAAAAUUUUCUUUUCUCAACAAUUGCAAGCGAAACAAGUCGAUAAUAAAACAAAUUCAGUUUUAGAAAUUUUGAAAAAGUUAAAAUUAUAUUUGAGAUAAACAGAGUUUAAAAUUGAAAUAAUCCACGAAGAAAAACGAACGGUUAGAAUUUGAAAGAAGCUUCAGGUUGCAUAAAAUAAAUGGAUGAAACUAAUUGAAGGAAGCAUAUUAUAAAUAUAAGUAAUAUUUCAAGUAAUUAAAGGUAAUUUUUUCUUGAGCUUAAUAUGUAUCACUAGUGCGAAAUUGUACAUAACGUUUAAAAGUGAGAAUUUCGAUCCAAAAAUGUCCCUAUCAGAUCGUUUCCAUGAGUCAUGUGAGAUGAUCACGAAAAGGGUUUAUUUUAUCGUGGAAAUGUACUUUUUCUAAAAAAAAGUCAUUAAGGUGAUAUGAAAAAUGUAAUAAGAACUUCUCUUGUCCAAUGUUUCUUUUUUUAUUUAAUUUACUAAAUAGAAUCGUUUUCGCAGUCCUUUCCCCGAAACCCACUUUGUAAAGAUUAAGGAAAUAAAUAAUGUUCAAUGUAAACACACAUGAUACUUUGUAUGUAUUUAAGUAUAAAAUAAUGUCAGUACUGAUCUUACAUAAAUAAAACAGUGUUUAAUCCAUUUAAACAAA